AUGGUUACAGUAUCAGAUUUAGAAACUCGUUUAAAAACUAAAUAUAACUCUGCAGAUGAUAAAAUUAGAGUAGAUGAUUUAUCAGGUGGAUGUGGCGCAAAGUUUUUAAUCGCUAUUGGAUCAAACCAAUUCGAUGGUGUUUCAUUACUCGAUAGACAAAGAAUUGUUAAUGAUCUUAUUAAAGAUUUCAUGGCUGAUAUUCACGCUGUUCAAUUAAAAACAUGGACUUUAAAGCAAUAUGACGAAAAAAUCAACACUUUAUAA